UAUUUUACCUAAUUAUAUUAAAAGCAAUUAAAUCUUUAAAAAUAUAAUUUAAAAAAAUAUAAUAAGUUUAUUAUAUUUUUAUAGGCUAGGAUAGCUUUUUUACAAGGGGAAAGAAAAGGUCAAGAAAGAUUAAAAAAUGAUUUAGUAAGAAGAAUAAAGAUGUUAGAAUAUGCUCUUAAACAAGAAAGAGCAAGGUAUCAUAAACUAAAAUAUGGCACUGACUUAGUAAUUCAAGGGGAUACAAAACCUCCUAUUUAUGAAGAAGGUAUUUGUAAUUGUCCCAAUUCUGAUGUUGGAGGUGGUGGUGAUGGAGAAGCUCCAUUUACAUCUGUCAGUAAUAUUAGUUGGAGACAAGGCCGCCAAAUUUUAAGACAAUAUUUACAAGAAAUUGGUUACACUGAUACAAUAAUAGAUGUACGAUCCAGCAGAGUAAGAUCUUUACUUGGUUUAAGUAAUAAUACAGAUUCAGAAGAUAUGAAUACUCCUGCAUUAAAUGGCAAUGAACCAUCAAAUAAACAAGCAUCAGAUAAUAGUGAUACAGGACUUUUAAAUAGUGUUCGUAGAACUUCAGAAAAAAAGGUAGAGCAACGAUCUUCUAUAGCAGAAGCAAUAAUAUUAGAUACAGAAGCAGCUGUUAUGGCGAACUUUGAAUUUUUGGCUAAUACAGAUAUGGAUAUGGAAGAAGAGGAAGGAGAUGUAGGAGAUGAUAUUUAUGAUACUAAUAUGGAUCCUAAACCAAAUAAACCACCUAUGCUUUUAACAGAAGAUGUUGAUGCAGAAGCUGAAGAAGUAUUAAAUGAAUUGAAUCUUCUCACAGAAAUUGAGGAAUCACCACCAGGUUCUAUUCGUUAUUUAUCUGAAUGGAAUGCAAUACAUAGAGGUGCACAUACAGAUCCAAAACGUCUAAAUGAAGAAGGUGACUCUACAUUGGAAUUGGGUGAAUUAGAACAAUUAUGUGUAAACAAUGAAGCAGAAACAUCAUAUGAUAUGGUAGCCACUACAAAGGAAAGUUUAAGAAAAACAUGGAAUGCAAAGUAUACAUUAAGAUCUCACUUUGAUGCUGUUCGAGCUCUCGUCUUCCAUCCCACUGAUCCUGUUCUUAUAACUGCAAGCGAUGAUCAUACACUCAAAUUAUGGAAUCUUCAUAAAACUUUACCAGCAAAGAAAUCAGCUUCAUUAGACGUAGAACCAUUAUAUACAUUCAGAUCACAUACAGGUCCUGUAUUAUGUUUAGCUAUGUGUAGUACAGGAAGUCAAUGCUAUAGUGGUGGUUUAGAUGGUAUGAUUCAUUGUUGGACACUUCCAUCGGCCAAUAUAGAUCCAUAUGACUCCUAUGAACCAAGUGUCCUUAGCCAAACAUUAAAAGGACAUACAAAUGCAGUUUGGGGUUUAAGCAUGUAUCAACUUCGAUCACAAUUAUUAUCAAUCAGUGCUGAUGGAACUGUAAAAUUAUGGAGUCCACAAAGCAAAUCACCAUUACUUCAUACAUAUGUUUCUGAACAAGAUGGAAUACCAUCAUCAGUAGAUUUCAUUAGGGACGAAUCAAAUAAAUUAGUUGUAGCUUAUGAUAGAGCUUGUGUGGUAUUUGAUACGGAAACAGGCGAAAGCGUAGCUCGUCUUGAGGCCAACGAAACAAAAGGAGUAAAUCGUGUUGUGGCGCAUCCUACAUUACCACUUGUUGUUGCAGCACAUGAAGAUCGACAUAUUCGAUUUUACGAUCAUCGAUCAGCUACCCUUGCUCAUGCUAUGGUUGCUCAUUUGGAUGCAGUUACUAGUCUUGCAGUAGAUCCUCAUGGUUUAUAUUUGCUUUCAGGAAGUCAUGAUUGCAGUAUAAGAUUAUGGAAUAUGGAUAAUAAAACUUGUGUUCAAGAAAUAACAGCACACCGUAAAAAAUUUGAUGAAAGUAUUUUAGAUGUAGCAUUUCAUCCUUCACGACCUUUUAUAGCAAGUGCAGGGGCUGAUGCUCUUGCCAAAGUUUACUGUUGCACAGCUACUGGAGAUUAAGACGUACUACACGAGAAUGAAGUUGUCCUACAUCAAUUAGUCUCCCAUUAUAUGAUUUUUAUGCUACCUUAUAUAUUUAUCGAGGUAGGUAUAUAAUAACAACAAAAAGCAACAACAACAAUAAUAAUAAUAAUAAUAACCGUAAUAAGUUAAUUAUAAUGUAAGAGACAUAAUAUUAAUAACAGUAAAUUAUAACUGUGUGUUUCUCUGUAAUAUAUUGUAUUUAAAAAUAGAUGAACUGUGUAACGUACUAUAAUGAACAUGUUUUUAUUAAAAUUUAA